CCUUGCUGAGCUUCAACAUGCCAACUUUACGAUAUCGCAAUCAGCCAAUUUUGCAAGGUAUCGUAUGAGGUAUCGUAUGAAGAGACGCAAACCAUACGUUCGUUAUAUUUGAAGAAGGACCUCUACAUCUCCACCUUUUUGGCGGCAACAUAGUUAUUCUCGGAAUUUCAAGUGGCAGCAACUUCCUGUGACAUUUAUUUUCUUCUGUUCAAUACAGAAGGUCUUCUACCCGGAACUUCAAAAGAGUUACACUCGGCUCAGAGUCAUAUCCGCCCAGCGGAAAGUCUCAGGGGCUGGAGAGUAAUUCGAAGGUGAAGUCGUUAACCAAGAAAUACAUAGAAGAUCCCUUUGUUGAGACAAACCGUGCUCACUUCAACACUCUCUUCUCAAUGGAGACCGAUUCUGCUUUCACGGCGACACCUUUGGUUGGGCCACCGACGACGUGUUCCACCACUGACCAAAGUGAAGCAUCACCUUCGAAGACAAACACAACUUUCAUUCAGAACCAGAUCUCCGUUCAACGCAGUCCAUCCACCGUCAAGGAUCAUGCCUCUGCUCUUUCCCGGUAAGUGCUCUUUGUUUCCGCAUUAAAGAUCUCGAGCUUCCUCUGCAUGCUUCCCAGAUCGAACUUAUUUUUUUUGGUCUCCUAUCAAAGCUAGUAUGGCUCAUCUCUGAUAUAGUGCCCUUUCUGUCAAAUCCAAUGGUAGUCAUGAAAAUCCGCAGCCGGCCAUUUCUGCUCUGCUGAUUUCUACACCAGAAGCCACCCAGCGAGAUGUUUACCAGGAGACUCGUGGACGUGAACAAACUGAGCGAGGAGACUCUGAUGCAAGCAUUGUUGACUCAACCAACAAAUGCACUCUCUCGAAAUCAUCCUCCGAACGAUCAAACAAAUCAGUUCGAUCCAUGCAGGCUAUCGGUACGCACUCCUUUGGCACUCUUCGCGUUCACUCUCCAUCACCAACUCGUGCUCCCAAUAUCAAGGGACUUGAGUUUCUCAAAUCAGGCGAUGUUGUCGUUGUUAGAGACAUCCCUGUUGGCGUUGUCUUUGGAUACGACACUAUCAGUCUCACCAUAAAGAAACAAGGAGUCUUUGAGGGUGUUAAAAACCUUGACCCUGGUGCUCAUUUCGUCUGGGCUGGAACUCGUGAUGGAUCUCUUCGGACUGGUUUCUGGCUCAUGUCCUCCAAGCUAGCAUCCGACGAAUAUGGUGAGGUCAUUGUCAAGACAUGGGACAAAUACAAUGAGGUUCUGGUCGAUGAGGUCAGUGUUGCUGAGAUUCGAAUUCAAGAGAAGAGCCUACCCGAGUUUGCCAAUAAUCUACAAGACUAUCAUGUUAUACACAACAUUAAUGGCAUUAACGAUCCAACCAUCUGGACAAGAUUGACAUCGUCAAUGAAAGCAGCGCUCCUCAACAGGGUUACUGGUCAGAAGGAGUGGAACCAUUGGCAGGUAUCGUCUAAUCAUGAUUACAAGAUCAGCAAUGGUGUCCAUGGAGCCAAUACCCGAGAAUACGACAAGGACGAAAUUCUGGACUUUGUCUUUCCCAAGGACGGUCGCACUUUCUCUAAUACUUCGGUUGGACGAGAGCGUACUGAACAAGCACUGGAUACCAGUGCUCACAUCCACGCAAUCAUCACGGGCCACUGCACUCACGAGGAUUCUGACGAGAUCGUCGGAGAGCUACAGUUCUGCUACCUCACAGGAAUGAUGCUUGGUAAUAUCGCUUGUAUUGAACAUUGGGCUCAUAUUGUCAAGGUAAUGUUCCGUGCCUUUCGACUCGUUAUGGACAUGCCGGCUCUUUUCCGAAAGUUUAUUCAGGCCGUUCAUGCGCAGUUCCUUUAUGAUGGUGUUGGUAUCGAAGGUAGCAUCUUGGAUGCAGAUGGAGGUUUGGAGGAUGAGUUGAAGAAUAUCCUUACGGUCUUCAAAUCUCGUCUUGAUGAGCAACUGCUUCAAGCACAGACUCGUCUCACUCCUGAGCAGAAGUCUGUUGGCGACGCUUUUGCCGAACUCGAAUCCUUCUUGUGGAAAUGGCGAGGUGGUUGGGACCUCCGUGGGAACUACGUUCGGUCCGGUCAAGUCCAGCUUGAAGAUGGCGAAUACGUAGAUGCAGAACUGAAAGAUUUUGAAGCUGAAGACGAGCGAGGCGAGUUUGCACCUAUGGUAGUGCAACUAGACGAUGAAGGCCGCGAGAUCGGUCUCGUGCGCUUUUAGGUGUAAAGUUCUGACCUGAUGUGUGCUCGUAGAUCACGGAAAGGAGAAGCGUCGUCGACACAAGUCCCGCUCCUCUGUCAGUUGGGCAUUCUAGACUGACAUCCUUCAACAUCCAGCUGAUCGAGUUGGCAAGCAUGACGCCUACGGCUUCUCCUUUCUUUCGAUUAUGGGCACUCCAUUGGGUUACGCAUCUUACGACGUUCACGAGGCAGGAUCAUAAUGAUCGGAGGUGUGUAUUACUGGCUUCAUUAAUUGGUGUUCGGGCGGUGUGCAUUCCAAUGGCGUUGCUAGGACGCGGGUUCUUCUUGUUUCGUACGCAUCUGCUGAGCAUGGCGACAUGGCGUUAAAUUGAGAGAGACUGAGGAUAUUGCCUGUCUAACAGGACUGAAUAUCAUAGAUAACGAUCUGGCAGCUUGUCACACAAUUAUACAAGUCACUUGAGACCGCAUUGAGAACUUU